UUCCGGUGUUUGUUUUGAGUGAGUUUUCCGCACAGUAAUGUCAACACUUUAAAGAGCUUCACAACUUUAUCAGUACCGCGGUUCGGUCCGGUUCGGGAUGGAGGAGAGCGGCAGUGUGGACAGCGUGGAGUCGCUUUGCAGGUACCAGCAGAAAACACACACACAUAAACUCUCUUUCCCCCUCACACACACACUCACAGGCACUUCUACGGGAAAAUAUAAAGUUGUAUUCCACAAAUGCGCUUUAGGAAUCACGUUCACGGAUAUUUGAGGCUUCCUCAGUAUGCUUUCUCUGUCCGAAGUACACGAGAGAUCAUGAGCAAAUCACAGGCGUGGACUUAACCGGUCUUCAUCCUCUGAUAUUCUUUUAGCACCACCACGACCCGCUCGGACCGCUCGAGUGGCACCAGAGUGUUGGAUGCAGAGCUGCGGGUCAGAACCGAAACACAACACUUUACACUCUGUUCCAAAAACUGCUGUAUGUUCUGUGUUAUACAUAAUGAGCAUACAGACCUCUAUUCAUAAACUAAACCGCAUUUGUUUUUUUCCCUCUCCAUUUCAGACUAAAGAAAAGGCAUUUGAAAAGGCCUAUAUGGACCCCAGUAAAAAAGAGCUUCCUCUUUUGCCAGAGGAACUGAUUCAGGAUGCGGCUAAAGACGUGACUUAUAUUUGUCCAUUUGUUGGGCCUGUUAGAGGAACUCUAACUGUUACCAACUACAGACUGUUCUUCAGAUGCACUGACCGGGAGCCAGCAUUUGUGCUAGAUCUACCGUUGGGAGUUUUAAGCAAAGUAGAGAAGAUCGGCGCUGCAACCAGCAGAGGAGAUACCUCAUAUGGACUUAUCUGCAAGGACGUGAGAAACUUGCGCUUUGUGCACAAGGAGCCUGAUGACUCGUUGAAGAAGUCAGUGUUUGAGGUUCUGAUAAAAUUUGCCUUUCCAGUGUCCAACAACGUGUCUCUCUUUGCAUUUACGUAUAAGGAAGUGUUUCCUGAGAAUGGAUGGAAGGUGUAUGAUCCACUAGCUGAAUACAAGAGACAGGGUCUUCCAAACGAGAGCUGGAGGAUCUCUAAAGCGAAUGAUCACUAUGAGCUGUGCGAUUCAUACCCAGCGGCACUAGUUGUCCCUGUUAACAUCACUGAUGAGGAACUGAGGCGAGUCUUCAGCUUCAGGGCUAAAGGUCGCAUACCGGUAUUGUCAUGGAUCCAUCCAGAGAGUCAAGCCACAGUGGUUCGGUCCAGUCAGCCGAUGGUUGGCCAGAACGGCCGGCGGUGCAAAGAAGAUGAGAAGCUCUUGCAUGCCAUCAUGGAUGCAAAUGCACAAUCACACAAACUCUUCAUAUUCGAUGCCAGACCCAGUGUGAAUGCUGCAGCCAACAAGAUGAAAGGAGGCGGGUAUGAAAGUGAAGAUGCUUAUCAGAAUGCUGAACUGGUGUUUCUGGAUAUACACAAUAUUCACGUAAUGCGUGAGUCACUUCGGAAGCUGAAGGAGGUUGUCUACCCCAACAUCGAGGAAUCUCACUGGCUGUCCCACCUUGAGUCCACCCACUGGCUAGAACAUAUCAAGUUGAUUUUGGCUGGAGCUUUAAGGAUAGCUGAUAAAGUGGAGUCUGGGAAAACUUCAGUGGUGGUUCACUGCAGUGAUGGCUGGGACAGAACGGCUCAGCUGACUUCACUGGCCCUGAUAAUGCUGGAUUCUCAUUACAGAACCAUUCGGGGGUUUCAGAUACUUCUGGAGAAAGAAUGGCUCAGCUUUGGCCACCGCUUCCAACUGAGGGUGGGUCACGGUGACAAGAAUCACACAGAUGCCGAUCGCUCUCCUAUCUUCCUGCAGUUCAUUGACUGUGUGUGGCAGAUGACAAGACAGUUUCCUGCAGCUUUCGAGUUCAAUGAGUAUUUCCUCAUAACAAUACUGGAUCACCUGUACAGCUGCCUUUUUGGUACAUUUCUAUGUAACAGUGAGCAACAAAGACUUAAAGAGGAAGUGCCAAAGCGCACUGUGUCUCUCUGGUCAUUUGUGAAUAGCCAACUAGAGGAGUUUGUGAAUCCGUUGUAUGUGCACUACCCUUCCCGUGUGCUCUUCCCCACUGUUGGUAUACGACACCUCCAGCUCUGGGUCUCCUACUACAUACGCUGGAAUCCUCGGAUGCGCCCACAGGAGCCUGUCCAUCAGCGCCAUAAAGAGCUGCUCGCCAAAAGGGUGGAGCUUCAGAAGAGGGUGGAAGAGCUACAACGUGAGGCGACUAAUCGAACGGCCUCUUCAUCUUCUGAGAGGGCCGGAUCUCCAACUCGCUCCAUCACACCUGUGCAAACCUUUGUAUAAGGUCCCUAUACUCUAAUAGAAAGAGUGUGUGAGCAUGUGUAAUGUAGUCCUUACAUUACUUGGAGUGAUACACAACUGAUGUAAAUUCACACACCAACAUUCACCUCGCUGAUACCAGCUGGCUGGAUGUAAGAAGCUUUUAAUCACUAAAAAUGCUUUUGGUAUUAUAUUAAUACAAUUAUUAUUAAGACUAGUAGUGAGGCAUUAAGACAUGUUAGAUACAUAUUAGGGAUUGUAAUGGAUAAGCUUUAUAUUGUAGUAAAACUGGGUGGAGGACAUGCUCAUCACGAGCAUCACAUGACCAAAGCAGUGGCGAGGUAUUUGGGCCUUAGACCGUUAUGUACGGAAUUCUGUCUUUACAUGAAAUUCUAAAUUUUCUUAGGCUCAUUUCAGAUGACACUAUUCACAUAAGUGAUACAGUCCUGUUCAUUCCAUAUGCACUCUAAUUUAUCAAUUGUUAAACUAGAAGCAAAUGUUAAAGAAAUUGUCCACCCAAAAAUUUUAAUUCUCUUAUGAUUUACUCACCCUCAUGCCAUUCCAGAUGUGUAUGACUUUCAUCUGCAGGACACAUUAAGAUAUUUAAAGAAUUUCUCAGCUCUGUUGGUCCUCGCAUUGCAACUGAAUGGGUACCAACAUUUUGGAAAUGCACAUGACUCCAGUGGUUACAUCCAUGGGUUCAGACACGAUAUGAUAGGCGUGGGUGAGAAACAGCUCAACAUUUAAGUAAUUUUUUUGUCACAAAUUCUCCUCCCUGCCCAUUAGAGGGCGAUAUGCAUUAAGACUGUGAAUCACCGAAGAAGGAUGAGAAAGUGAAAGUGUAGAUUGACUGAGCAGGGUGGAGAAUUUAUAGUAAAAACAAUUGAAAUAAAUAUUGAUCUGUUUCUCACCCACACCUGUCUGAUUGCUUCAGAAUAUAUGGAUUUAACAACCAGUCUGGAGUACUUUUAUUUUGCCCUUAUGUGGAUUUUGGAGCUUCGACAUUUUGGCACCCAUUCGAAAUUUUGGCACCCAUUCACUUGUAUGAAACUAUAGACCUGAGAAAUUCUUCAAAAAAAAUCUUUGCUUGUGUUCAGCAGAUGAAAGAAAGUCAAACAUCUUUGGUGUCGGAUGGUAGGAGGGUGAGUAAAUCAUGAGAGAAUUAAAAUUGUGUGAACAAACCCUUUUAAGUGUGUUGAUGCUAAUUUAAUGGGCAUCUGUUUGCAUUAAUCACCACUAGGUGGUGCUAUGCUACAAGAGAAUCUACAGCAAUAAACACCUGUAGUGUCUUUAUCUUCACAACAGAUGGUGUAUUUUGUUCAUGUGGGGUUACAACAUACACUAUAUGGACAAAAGUAUUGGGACACCUACACAUUACACCUACAGGAGCUUUUAUGAUAUCCCAUUCUAAAUCCAUAGGCAUUAAUAUCGAGUUGGUCCCCACUUUGCAGCUAUAACAGCUUCUACUCUUAUGGGAAGGCUUUCUACAUGAUUUUGGAAUGUGUCUGUUGGAAUUUUUACCCAUUUUUCCAGAAGAGCAUUUGUGAGGUCAGACACUGAUGUUGGAUGAGAGGGCCUGGCUCGCAAUCUCCAUUCUAGUUCAUCCCAAAGGUGUUGAGGUCAGGGCUCUGUGUGGGUCAGUCAAGUUCUUCCCCACCAAACUCAUCCAACCAUGCCUUUAUGGACCUUGCUUUGUGCACUGGGGCACAGUCAUGCUGGAACAGAAAAGAGCCCCCCCAAACUGUUUCCACAAAAUUGGAAGCAUAGAAUUUUCCAAAAUGUCUUGGAAAGCUGAGGCAUUGAAAGGUGUGGGCCUAGGCCAACCCCAGAAAACAACCCCAUAGCAUUAUCCCUCCUUCGCCAAAAUUUACAGCACAAUGCAGUCAAGCAGGAAAUGCUCUCCUGGCAUUCGCCAAACCCAGACUUAUACAUAAGACUGCAAGAUAGAGAAGUGUGAUUUGUCACUCCACAGAACACAUAUGCAAUGCUCCAGAGUCCAGUGGAGCACAGCUUUUGUGCUGAUGUUAAUGCCAGGGGAGGUUUGGAACUCUGCAGUUAUAGAGUCAGCAGAGCGUUGGCGACUUUCACGCACUAUGCGCCUCAGCAUUUGGCAACCCCGCUCUGUAACUUUACGUGGUCUGAGUUGCUGUGGUUCCUAAACGCUUCCACUUUGCAAUAAUACCAUUUACAGUUGAUCGUGGAAUAUCUAGGAUGGAAGAAAUUUCACAAACUGACUUGUUGCAAAGAUGGCAUCCUAUUACAGUACCACGCUCUAAUUCAGUGAGCUCUUUAGAACUACCCAUUCUUUCACAAAUGUUUGUAAAGGCAGACUGCAGAGCUAGGUGCUUGAUUUUAUACACAAGUGGGAAUGGGACUGAAUGAAAUGCCUGAAUUCAAUGGUUAAGAGGUGUGGCCCAAUACUUUUGUCAUUUUAUAUAUAUAUAUAUAGCAAGAUUACAGAAUGGCACAUGUAUGCAUGUAUGUAUGUGAAUUUAUGUACAAAGCAGCCAUUUGGUCCAAGAGCUGCACAAGACACCAGCUAUGAUUCUAAACGUGAGAUUUUAAGAGGUAACCUCUGUUGAUCCAGUGUGAAAUAAAUAUAUGGCAAGCACAAAUGUCUUGUUGCAUCUUCAGAGCUUCCUGACAUUAUUCCCAACAAUACAUCAAGUGUCUGACUUACUAUUAUACUUUUGAAACAUGGUCCAGUUGCUGCAUUU